AGUAGAUAUGUAGCAAUAACAUGUUGUGUUGGAUUGACUUAGAUUAAAAGAAGGAACAGCCAUUAGAACUACAAGGAAAAAUGUUCUGCCUGUCUCCUUCAGGCAGUGCGGCAGUGUCUUGAAUGAUCCAACGAUCCAUUAAUGUUGACAACCUUUGUUCUGGAGCCUGAUAGAACUGGAAUCUCGUCGACCAGGCAAAAGUUGUCACACACCCCAUUUUAUGAAAAAGAUUCUGCCUUGGGUUUCAAAAAGCCUUGAUACAGACUGUGACAUGAAAGUGGAUGACAUAUCUGGAAUCUUCAAGUGCAGAGUGUUCUGCUUUUCCCGGCAAGACGGAGCUAGGAGAGUUUUAAGGGUUUGAUAGUUUGGGGCUCUUUCAUAUUUGGGAAUGAGAGACACUAUGGUGCCCACACAGGACUAGCCAACAGGCAUCCCUCUGUAAGGAUGUAGUCAGAAGGUUGUCUCAUUUUUCUUUUGCAGGGAAACAGAAAUCCAUUCUCGUGAGGUCCACCCACAAGUCACCAUGUAUGAGGACUGUGUCAAGUCCACUGAGGACUAUUACUUCGUCUGUGACAACGGGGGAGCAUGGGGCAUUGUUCUCGAGUCCCUGGCAAUAAUCGGCAUAGUAGUUACAAUUAUACUACUCUUGGCGUUUCUCUUCCUCAUGCGAAGGGUUCAAGACAGCAGCCUGUGGAAUACUCUCCCCACUCAGUUGCUCUUCCUUCUGGGUGUGCUGGGACUCUUCAGCCUCGCGUUUGCCUUCAUUGCUCAGUUCAAUCAGCAAACUGCCCCCGUACGCUACUUUCUCUUUGGGGUUCUCUUUGCUCUCUGUUUUUCAUGCCUCUUGGCUCAUGCCUCCAACCUGGUGAAGCUGGUUCGGGGUAGAGUCUCCUUCUGUUGGACGACAAUUCUGUGCAUCGCUAUUGGUGUCAGCUUGUUGCAGGUAAUCAUUGCCAUUGAGUACGUGACUCUCAUGAUGACCAGGGGUAUGAUGUUUAUGCAUAUGACACCCUGUCAGCUCAACGUGGACUUUGUUGUACUCCUGGUCUAUGUCCUUUUCCUGAUGGCCCUCACAUUCUUUGUCUCCAAAGCCACUUUCUGUGGCCCAUGUGAGAACUGGAAGCAACAUGGAAGGCUCAUCUUCGUCACUGUGCUCAUCUCCAUCAUUAUCUGGGUGGUGUGGAUCUCCAUGCUCCUGAGAGGCAACCCACAGCUCCAGCGGCAGCCCCAGUGGGAUGACCCUGUCAUCUGUAUUGCCCUGGUCACCAAUGCAUGGGUUUUCCUGCUGCUGUACAUCGUACCCGAGCUCUGCAUUCUCUACAGAUCGAGCAAGCAGAACUGCCCUUUACCAGGCAACACCUGCCCAGCCCCAGCCUAUCAAUGCAGCUUCAGAGUGGAGAACCAGGAACUCUCACGAGGUACUUUCCCAGGGGACUCGGGGAGCAGGGAGGCUCUCCUGUGGGAGAAACAGGAGAGAAAUCAAGAAACAGGAUGA